AUGCAAUGGCGACUAUCGUGCCCGAACAUCUUGUACCAGGAGACCACGCCAGAUGCCGUCUUCCUGAUCAGCUUAUCUCUAGCCCUCCUGGCUUCCGUUGAUCUGGCGUGGAGGAAACUACCUGCACGGCGAGCGGUGACAUGGAGGCAUGCAAUCACCUACUGGGGUGUGAUGCUUUUUCUCUGGGCUGCCUUCCUGGUGACCAGCAUUCCACCCUUUAGCCCAUCCUGUGAGCAGCUCUGUGAUGACGUGGGCCAGUGCCCAGAACUCUUCCGGGUCAGAGCUUCGAAGCUGGAUUGCACUCUGCAGGGCCACACGGCCUGUCAGAUCCUCAUGCUGUUCCUGCUUUCUCUGCCCUUUGCGCUGCCUCAGUUCUAUCAUCAGUACCUGGCCUUAUUUUGGCUCUUCUGCUUCUACCUGUCGGCCACACUUCUCUACGAACGAACGUACGACAACGCCAUCGAGAGACUGCACCAUAAAGACAUUCCAUUGCACUGUGGCCUGCUUCUUAUGGCCUGGAGUUUCAGCGCCACGCGGAAGUACUACCUCGAGCGAUCCAUGCGUCGGCAGUACAUUGGGGGCUUGAAGCAGCGCCAAGCCAUGGCUCGGCUGUACUACAUGUUUAAGGAGAUGGUGCCGGAGUACCUGAUCCCUCGGAUGUUAGAGGCUGAAACGAUUGCAGAUCCUGUGAGCCCGGUGACCGUCCUCUUCGUUCUCAUCGACAACUUUAACGAAUUCAGCUCCAGGAAGCAGCCUGACGAGCUGCUGCAGUUUCUGAACGACUACUUCCGUGAGAUG